AUUCCUGAGACAGAUCCAGACAGACUUCCCCCACUGGAUCCACCAGAUAUUGGUCAGAUUUACCCAGUCCCAGCCAACAUCCGACCUGUUUUAAGCAAGUACAGAGUGGAGGUCCUGUUCUGGGGUGUCCGAGAGCUGAAGAAAGUCCAGCUCCUCUCUGUAGAUCGCCCCCAGGUUCUCAUUGAAUGUGCAGGGAAAGGAGUAAAAUCCUCUGUCAUCCAGAGCUACAAGAAAAAUCCCAAUUUCAGUGGCCUUGCAGACUGGUUUGAAGUGGAGCUGCCUGAAAAUGAACUCCUGCACCCGCCACUAAGCAUCUGCGUGGUCGACUGGAGAGCAUUUGGGAGGAGUACUCUUGUUGGAACGCACACCAUCAAUUGCCUUAAGCAAUUUCUGUGUAAGACCCAGUUGGGUCCUCAAGCUACACUGAACAGACAAGAUAUUGUAGAAAUUGAGAAAGCUUCAGCUGAGCCCGCACAGCCUGCUGAGUUAUCCCGAGAAGAACCAUUUUUAGCUGAUCACAUCUACGCCGAGGUAAAGCAGGGUAGAUGUACAGUGGUAGAGCCAGACCCACAUGUCACAACACUUCCUGCCCCCACACCAGAACACUCUGCCUCUGAAUCAGAGAAAGAGAGAAAACAGAAGGAUCUGAAAAAGUCCACUCGACGAUCAACAAAAAGGAGAAAAAGGACAAUUGCAGAUGAGUCAGCUGAAAAUGUUAUUGACUGGUGGUCAAAAUACUAUGCUUCUGUGCUCAAAAUGCAAAAGGCAAAAGGAUUAUUUUCCAGCGAGGGAAAACCUGAAGACAAUAAGCAGACUUCUGACCACAUUGCACUGAUCAUAGAAGAGGAGCCAGACAAAAAGAAGAAGGAUAAGACAUUGAAAAGGAUACAGAAAGAAACUCCAAACCUAGCAACUCUGCAGAUUUAUGAUGGAGAUUUGGAGAGUGAAUUUAAUAACUUUGAGGACUGGGUGAAAACUUUCCAACUCUUCAGAGGAAAAUCUAAUGACGAAGUUCAUGCUGACUCUGAAGACAGAAUAAUAGGAAAAUUUAAGGGCUCCUUCUGCAUAUACCCAAGUCCUGAGGAUGGCAGCUUGUUGGACAGUGUGCAGCCCCGCAUCCUGCAAGGGAUACCACCAAACCACUCCGUCAAAGUCCUCAUCAGGGUUUAUAUUGUGGCAGCGUUUAACCUCAGCCCAGCCGAUCCAGAUGGCAAGUCAGAUCCCUACAUUGUGCUGAGACUGGGCAAGACAGAAAUCAAAGACAGGGAAAACUACAUCCCCAAGCAGCUAAACCCAGUAUUUGGAAGAUCAUUUGAAAUCCAAGCUACAUUCCCUAAGGAUUCCUUGCUCACAGUCCUGAUCUACGACCAUGACUUUGUGGGAACAGAUGAUCUCAUUGGAGAGACUAAAAUUGAUUUGGAAAAUCGUUUCUACAGCAGGCAUCGAGCUACCUGUGGCUUACAAAGUCAAUAUGAAAUAGAAGGGUACAACGCAUGGCGAGAUGCAACCAAGCCAAGUGAGAUCCUCACUAAAUUGUGUAAAGACUACAGAAUAUGUGGACCCUUCAUGCGGCCAGGGGAGAUAGAAGUAGGAACAAAAGUCUUCAAGGGACAGACAGUCUUCACAGAAGAUGAGAACGAGAAGCCAGUUGAAUCAUACGAACAUCUCUCCUUAAAGGUUUUACGCGCUUGGGAAGAAAUCCCUGGAGCUGGAUACAAACUGGUCCCAGAGCAUAUUGAGACUCGGCCUCUCUACCACAAGGAUAAGCCAGGCAUGGAACAGGGUCGUGUACAGAUGUGGGUCGACAUGUUUCCUCAAGAUAUGCCUCUGCCAGGACCCCCAGUGGACAUUUCACCAAGAAAACCCAAAGGCUAUGAACUGAGGGUGAUAAUCUGGAAUACAGAGGAUGUAAUUCUAGAAGAUGAAAAUAUCUUUACAGGGCAAAAAUCAAGUGAUAUCUAUGUAAAAGGGUGGAUAAAGGGCUUGGAAGAGGACAAGCAGGAGACAGAUGUACAUUACAACUCCUUGACAGGAGAGGGCAACUUCAACUGGCGCUUUGUGUUCCCAUUCCACUAUCUCCCAGCAGAGAAACAAAUGGUGGUUAGUAAAAGAGAAAACAUAUUUUCCUUGGAAAAGACAGAGCGCAAAAUACCUGCUGAGCUGGUGCUUCAGGUGUGGGACUUUGAAAGACUCUCUUCAGAUGAUUUCUUGGGCACUCUUGAACUGAACCUGAAUGGGUUCCCUCGAGCAGCAAAGACAGCCAAGAGCUGUGACCUAGGCAUGGUUGUGGCAGCAAGCGAAGACAACAAGAUCUCCAUAUUUCAGCAGAAGCGCAUCAGAGGCUGGUGGCCUUUCAUCAAGGCUGGGGAGCUCACGGGCAAGGUGGAAGCUGAGUUUCACUUAGUCACAGCAGAAGAAGCUGAGAAGAAUCCAGUAGGCAAAGCCCGAAAGGAGCCCGAGCCCUUGGAGAAACCCAACCGUCCAGACACAUCCUUCUCUUGGUUCGUAAAUCCUUUGAAGUGUUUGUAUCACCUGAUCUGGAGAAAUUACAAGAAGUACAUCAUCAUCGGCAUAAUUCUGCUUAUUCUCAUUGUCUUCCUGGUGCUCUUUAUCUACACAAUGCCAGGUGCAAUCAGUGAGAGGAUAGUUGUAGGAUGAGCGUAGGUUAUGGCUCUCAUUGUAACCAAUCAUAUAGAAACACUUC